CCGUACGACGGCGGCACUAAUAUUACACUCAUUGGACAUAAUCUGCACAUCGGUUCCAACAGAACUAUACUUCUAUCAGGAGUUCACUGCAAAGAAUUUGAAAACAAUAGCAAAUUCUUGAAAUGUACGUCCGGUCGACUGCCCUCAGCAGCAACACUGUCCUUACCUUUGGACACAAGUGUUACACUUUUUAUAGACAACUCAGUUCUUGUUAUCAAUUCAAACAAAACCAUACAUAAACCCAAGACAUCGAUUGAGAAAAACGAAUUCAUGUCAGCAAUGGUUUGGAGCGAAUUCUUUGAAUAUAGACCUAAUCCGCGGAUUAAUUCAUUUGAACCGAAUUCAACCAUCAAAAGUGGUGACACAAACAUCACUGUCAGUGGUGUUAAUCUGAAUUCAGUGGCCAACCCUCGUAUAAAAGUGAACGCAUUUUUUGGCUUUGAUAAACAAAAACGCGUAGAAAUGGAGGGCCAGUGUUGGGUCAAUCCAUUGGGCACUCAAAUGACUUGUCAAACCCCGGACCUCAACACAACUACUCCCCGAUUAGAUAUCACUGUAUCGAAGGAAACCAAAUUAAAUUUCAUUAUGGAUGGCGUCGACAAUACAGGACUUAAUGGUCGUCUCUCGCGUCUCAUCUAUUAUCCGGACCCGACUUUUCAUAGUUUCAAAGAUGGUCUGCAAGUGGUUUGGUAUGAAGAACCGGACCUUACAAUUGGUGGCAAAGAUUUGCACAUUAGUUAUCCCAUUAAAAUACUGAUCAGCUCUCAUCAAAUACCAUUACUGACUGUGGGUCUCAUCUAUUAUUACGCCCAGAAAAAUGGUAUAUCAUUUCUUAAGCAACCGAUUCCUUCACAAUUUCAAGUCAAUUACAACCGGUCCGCAUCGGAAGGCGGAUCAGAUAGACCUCCAUAUGUCUCUCAAAUGUCUUCCAUUGGCACAUCUAAUGAAACUGAUAUCAUAUUAGUGAUAUGA